AUGUUUGUGUUUCUUCUCUAUCAGACUUCAUCAGGAGCUAUACCACGUACUUAUGCAGAACUUGAACCGACUCUUUGUAAGAACAACAUCACAGUUCAUGAUGUCUGGAACAUAGGGCAGUGUCCGCGGCAAGGAAUAAUCACUGUCAUGGAUGGAGGAGGUAGACUAGGUAAUAAAAUGUGGUCCUAUGUGUCAGUAUGGGCAUUCGCCCGACUUACAGGACUAAAGCCCUACUUACCAAAAUGCAUAAAAUGGCAAAUGGCCCAAAUAUUUGAAAACUUAUCAGUACCUGACUUUGAAGAUAUAGGGCAUUGUUCUGUAAACUUUAAUCAAAAGUAUAUCGAGCAUGUAAACGAUAGAGGACCCUGGGAUUUUUCCAAUCAGAGCAUAACUAUUCUACCAAAAUAUAGUCGGAAGCCUGCGCUAAUUUUAUCGUGCCUCGAAGACGUAAUCCAGGAAUUCAAAUUCAAUAGGAAUCUAAUAAGAAAUGCUCAGAGAAUAUUGAGAGGUUUUGUUAGAAAUUUUCCAGCCAAAAAUUAUACUUUUAUUGGUGUUCAUGUACGAAGGACUGAUUACAUAACAUACAUUGGAAGUAAGUUUGGUGAUUCAGCAGCAUCCCGCCAAUUUUACAUCAAGGCUAUGAACUACUACGAAGACAAAUACCCUAACUGCCUAUUCAUAUUCAUCAGCGAUGAUCCCGCUUGGUGCUACCAGGAAUUCGGCAAAUUGGAAAAUGUCUACGUGACUUCAUUCAAAGAGAAAAAAAUUAACUCCCCGGCCCUAGAUAUGACUCUUAUGGCAGCUUGCAACCAUUCCAUCAUCGAUUAUGGAACGUUCGGUGAAUGGGGAGCAAUAUUGGCAGGCGGGGAAACCGUUUAUUGCAAUUUAACAGUAAAUGCUUUCAAGGGACUGGCAGCUUGGGAAAAUUGGACUGAGAUGAAUAAUUGA